CUGCUCGCCACGCGGAUCCGUCCACCGCACAAGCAGCAGCAGCCACUUCGCCUGUGGUUAUGGCCGCCACCGUCAUCCAGUCGUUCGCGGUACCCUGCCGUAGCCGUGCCGCGGCGCCGAGAGCCUCGGCCUCCUUUUCAUCGCCUCUCGGCCGCCGUGCGUUGGGGCUUCUUCCGCAGUUCAGCGGCCUGAGGUGUGCUUCAGUCCCCCUAAAGGUCAAGUUGGCCGCGGUGGCGGCGAGAUCGAGGGUCGUCAGGAGGGGAGCCGUGGUCUGUGAGGUUCAGGAGACGGCGGUCCAGCUUCCAGAUGUGACUAAAGCCACAUGGCAGUCCCUUGUAUUGGACUCCAGUGUUCCAGUUCUCAUUGACUUUUGGGCUCCGUGGUGCGGGCCAUGUCGAAUGAUCGAACCAACCGUUGCCAAGUUGGCAAAGGUUUAUGAAGGAAAACUGAAGUGCUAUAAGCUGAACACUGAUGAAAACCCAGAUAUAGCAACUCAAUAUGGGAUUCGGAGCAUCCCAACCAUGAUGAUCUUCAAAAACGGCGAGAAGAAAGACACAGUGAUUGGGGCUGUGCCUGAGAGUACUUUGGUCACAUCCAUUGAGAAGUUCGUUUAAAGUGUAUUCUCUUCGAAGACUUCAAGAAAUCCUUUUGGAGUGUCAGAAGGUUCCUCUUGAGAAUCAAGAUUACUUUUGCAUUUAGCUCCUUAUAUGUAUUGUGUAUAUAUUAAGUUGUUCUCCUUUUAAGUUAUUUAAGAUUCAUGAUGUAAGAAUAAGAUGUAUUUGUUGAAAUCUAACUUCCAUUAUUGAGACUUGUUCCU